AUGUCAGAUGCUGAGGAACCAACAGCCACUGCUAUAGCACCGUUUGACAAUCCUGACGGCGACAUCAUCCUCCGUUCAACCACUGACCGUGUCGACUUCCAUACUUUCAAAUUUAUUCUUUCGCUCAUGUCUCCCGUGAUCAAAGACAUGUUCACGCUACCUCAAAACGGUUUGAAGUCGGGAGAAUCGUCUGUACCUAUCAUUCCUGUAGCUGAGAGCAGCGCAACCCUCGAAUCCCUUCUUAUAUUCUACUAUCCCGCCGCAACCCCAAAAGCCUUCAGCAGCUUCUCUCAUGCUGUAGCUGUGAUGAAAGCGGCCAAGAAGUAUGACAUGCAAGUGGUCCUCAACCGCACAGUAGACCUUAUUAUUGCUCAAUUUCUACCCGAUCGCGUCCUCGAGCUAUACGCUCUGUUCUGUCAAUUAGGAUGGCAGGAUUAUGCUCAGAUCGCAGCUACCCAGGCGCUCGAGAUCAAAGAUCUAGGACGACCCAGUCAUGUGUUUAAUGGGAUGCGGAACAUCACCGCGUUCGAUUACCACAGGCUCCUUGCAUACCAUCAGGAAUGUGGUGUCGCUGCUCAAGAUGUUGGGAAAUCUCCCUUUUCAGGCAAUCAUAUUUUUGAGUUGGUGUGUGACACAUGCGCCUGUUUUACUAAGAAUCUGUCAUGGUUCAAUGAAUAUCUGGACAAGAGUGGGAAGGAGUUGUUGAUGAGACCUUGCGAGUCGACGUUAUGGGAGUCGGCAUCUUACAUCCACGCUACCAUCAAAGCAUUUGGAGACACUAGUUGCUAUGAUUGCAAAUACAAGCUCGUCGAAGGUAUAGGCGCGUUCCGUGCUUUAUAUAUCGCGCGAGUAAAAGAGGCGGUUGCGAAAGUGAAAUUGGCGGAUGCUGAUCAGUAA